AGCAUGCUUUUCCAGUGACUCCGGUAUCGCAUGGUUGGCGACAUGUUUUUCCUAACGGUCAAUUUUUUCAUGGUGGAAAAACAUAAUAACCAUAUAUUUUCCCAAUUAAUGUGACAAUCUGAAGAAAAUUUAUUAGAUGCAAUUUCUGGCUUGAAAAUUUUUUACAGUCAAAAAGUAAAUGUUCAACUGCACAUGGUCAAAACUCGAAAAAAGAGAAACGCACGUGCUUCAGCCAUAUUUCAUUGAUGAGUUUUUUCUUCUCAAACCAUAGCUUUUCAAUGUACAAGAAUUACCUUUUUCGUUGUUCAUGCAAUUAUAGCUGUCACUUUAAUCUUUUUACAAAAACAACAUAAAUGUUUACAGACUGCCGUACAACAUGUACAAUAUACCAUUUUGCUGAAUCUCAACAAUUUUUAAUGAUAAACGUGAGAAGCAGAAGAACAGUUUUUUGAAAGUUUUCUGAAUUAGCAGAGCGGGGCAACAUAUAAAUGUUAUAAAAGCAUUUCCGGAACUCUGUAUUAUUCUUGUUUUUUUUUCUUUAUUUUUUAUUCAGUCCUUGUUAAGCUCGAAGCUGGAAAGCAAGAUGACUUCAGUAUUUUGCUGAUUUGAGGAUCAUCUUUGAAGAUCAUCUAGUAGGAAAUCACCUGCCCUUUUGAGCUUCUUAUCUGCAUAAUAAAACAAUUAAAUUCAUUGACCAUUUCAAGCUGUUAAUUAUCCAAUAUGUCUCACCCCUCGAGUGAUGAGUUCGAGGGAGAGGAGGAAACUGCCACUUCGGCCAUCGCCUCGCCCGACAACUCCCUCUCUCAAAUCAGCCUCAAUCCAAACAACCCCAACAACAACGACUCAGGAAUUGAGAACGGAAACAGCAGCAACAUCGUAUCAACUUCCGAAGACAACGGAGACGACGACAACUCGGAUUUUGAACGGGACAGCACUCGUAGGGGUCACAACAUUGUUACUAUGCGGGUAGCUGCACCCCCAACUAGUGCUUUCUAUGAGGGAGGAGGAGCGGGAAGUCAGAUGGUGGAUGUUGAUUUGACCCCUCCGGAUAAACUGCUCAAAAUGGCGACUGACAGGGCUGCUAAAUUAGCAUCUAAGAAAAGGGUUGAGGAGGCGAUGGCUGAGCAAGUGAAGGUGUUGGCUCUCACCCGCAUUGUGUUCGGAGACAGUCACUGGAGAGUGCCGGAAGCAUACGUCUCACUCGCCAGGGCAUACCUCGAACUCAGAGGACUGGCGGAGCAAGCCCGUCUCCAUUGUGAGACUGCAAGGGCGCUUAUCUCCCAAAUUGCCCAGCAGCAGAGCCCAUCACAGCGCGACAAUACGCUCCUGGUGAAAUUGAACAUGUUUCUUGUCAUGGGCCGAUCACUCACUAAGCUCAAGAGGUUCGAGGAGGCGGAGAGUGCUCUGAACAAGGCGGACAGGUGUUCGCGGGAGAGAAACAGCAGCAGUGUCAUAGACCCCAGUGCCAUGCUGAGGACUGACAACACCAUAGCCACGGCACUUGGUAGACUCUAUUUCUGCCAGAAGAAGAGCCAACAGGCCCUCACCUGCUUCGAGCAGGUGGCCGAAAUGACAAGCAAAAUCUACGGGGAUGACGCGGAUGAACUGAUAAGUGUGUACACAGACAUGGGCAAAGCAGAACAGAUGGGGGCAGGGGGAGGAGGAGGGGUGGGGGCCGAGGAGACUUCUUCGUCUCACUCCCACGAGAAGGCCAUCGAACAUUUCUUACACGCACACUCCAUAGCCUCCGCAAA